UGAAAUGGGUUUCUUUAAAUAUUUUAAGGUGGACCUAACCGGACGCACCCUAACAGUGGUCGUCAAGCACCGACAGUGACGGGCAUAGUAUAGGAGAGGCCGACCAGUCUGGCGCAAGCUCCUUGACAGUUAGCCUCCGCCCAGCUAGUUCAGAGAGACUGGCUGCUACUGUCAACACAAGCGGCAGCAAUGACGGACAAUAUACCGCUACAGCCCGUGAGACACAAAAAACGGCACGACAAUAAACACAGAAAUGGAUGCUGCCCUUGGUCAAGAUGUUGUGGCAUGGGUGACUUCCGGCCACGAACAGUGUGGUUGGGGCAUCCCGAGAAGAGGGAGCAACGUUAUCCCAGGAAUGUGAUCAACAACCAAAAAUACAACUUCUUCACCUUCCUUCCUGGAGUACUAUUCAAUCAGUUUAAGUACUUCUUCAACCUGUACUUCCUGCUUCUGGCCUGCUCGCAGUUUGUCAAUGAAUUGAGACUUGGGGCACUGUACACUUACUGGGUGCCAUUGGGCUUCGUGCUAAUCAUCACCAUCGUGAGGGAGGCAGUGGAAGAGAUGCGGUGUUUUCUAAGGGACAAAGAAGUCAAUUCACAGAUCUACAGCAAGCUCUCCACCAGAGGCACAGUGAAGGUAAAGAGUAGUGGUAUUCAGGUUGGAGAUCUUAUCAUUGUUGAAAAGAACCAGCGGGUCCCUGCCGACAUGAUCUUCCUGCGCACAUCAGAGAGAAACGGUUCCUGCUUUCUGAGGACUGACCAAUUGGAUGGUGAAACAGACUGGAAACUCCGCCUUCCGGUGGCAUGCACUCAGAGAUUGCCCACUGCAGCUGAUCUGCUGCAGAUAAGAGCUUACGUGUACGCUGAGGAGCCCAACAUUGACAUCCACAACUUCAUCGGCACCUUCACCAGAGAGGAUGGAGAUCCCCCAGUAAAUGAGAGUCUGAGCAUUGAAAACACCUUGUGGGCCAGCACUGUCAUUGCCUCAGGGACUGUGGUGGGUGUUGUGAUCUACACAGGGAAAGAGCUGCGAAGUGUCAUGAAUACCUCUAACCCUCGCCACAAGAUCGGUCUGUUUGACUUGGAGGUGAACUGUCUGACCAAGAUUCUUUUUGGGGCACUGGUGGUAGUGUCUCUGGUCAUGGUGGCCCUGCAGCACUUUGCUGGUCGCUGGUACCUGCAGAUCUUCCGUUUCCUGCUGCUCUUCUCCAACAUCGUACCCAUCAGUUUACGGGUCAAUUUGGACAUGGGAAAGAUGGUUUUCAGCUGGAUGAUCCGGAGAGACUCCAAGAUUCCUGGAACUGUGGUACGAGCGAGCACCAUCCCCGAGCAGCUGGGUCGCAUCUCCUACCUGCUGACGGACAAGACAGGCACUCUGACCCAGAAUGAGAUGGUGUUCCGCCGGCUGCACCUGGGCACGGUGGCCUACGGGAUGGACUCUAUGGACGAGGUGCAGAGUCACGUGUUCAGCGCCUACACUCAGCCUCCUCCUGACCACCUGGCCACUCGGGCACCAGCCACCACCAAGGUGCGGAAGACCAUCAGCAGCCGCGUGCACGAGGCAGUGAAGGCUAUCGCCCUGGUGCACAACGUCACACCCGUCUACGAGGCCAACGGCGUCACCGACCAAGCUGAGGCAGAGCAGCACUAUGAGGACACCUGCAGAGUGUACCAGGCCUCUAGCCCUGACGAGGUUUCCCUGGUGCAGUGGACAGAGAGUGUGGGCCUGACGCUUGUUGGCCGUGAUCAGUCCUCCAUGCAGCUGAGGACCCCUAGUGGACAGAUCCUGAACUUCACCAUUCUUCAGAUUUUCCCCUUCACUUAUGAGAGCAAACGCAUGGGCAUCAUUGUGCGGGAUGAGUCCACUGGGGAGAUCACGUUCUACAUGAAGGGGGCAGAUGUUGUGAUGGCAGGCAUUGUCCAGUACAAUGAUUGGCUGGAGGAGGAGUGUGGUAAUAUGGCCAGAGAGGGGCUGAGGGUGCUCGUGGUGGCCAAGAAGUCCCUAACGGAGGACCAGUACCAGGACUUUGAGGCACGGUAUGUCCAGGCCAAGCUGAGUGUGCACGACCGCUCUCUGAAGGUUGCCACGGUGAUCGAGAGUCUGGAGAUGGAGAUGGAGCUGCUGUGUCUGACCGGCGUGGAGGACCAGCUGCAGGCCGACGUCCGGCCCACGCUGGAGAUCCUGCGCAACGCUGGCAUCAAGGUGUGGAUGCUGACCGGGGACAAGCUGGAGACUGCCACCUGCACUGCCAAGAACGCUCACCUAGUGACCCGCAACCAGGACAUCCAUGUGUUCCGACCAGUGACCACACGAGGAGAAGCCCACCUCGAGCUCAACGCCUUCAGGAGGAAACACGACUGUGCUCUAGUGAUCUCAGGAGACUCUCUGGAGGUGUGUCUGAAGUUCUAUGAGUACGAGUUCAUGGAGCUGGCCUGUCAGUGUCCGGCGGUGGUCUGCUGCCGCUGCGCUCCCACUCAGAAGGCUCAGAUCGUCCGACUGCUACAGGAGCGCACAGGCAAACUCACCUGUGCCGUAGGGGAUGGAGGAAAUGAUGUCAGUAUGAUCCAGGAAGCAGACUGUGGUGUGGGAGUGGAGGGCAAAGAGGGAAAGCAGGCUUCGCUGGCUGCUGAUUUCUCUGUGACUCAGUUUAAGCAUUUGGGCCGGCUGCUUAUGGUUCAUGGCAGAAACAGCUACAAGAGGUCGGCAGCACUUAGCCAGUUUGUCAUCCACAGGAGCUUAUGCAUCAGCACCAUGCAGGCUGUGUUCUCCUCCGUUUUCUACUUCGCAUCAGUUCCUCUUUAUCAAGGAUUCCUGAUCAUUGGAUACUCCACCAUCUACACCAUGUUCCCAGUCUUCUCUCUGGUGCUGGACAAGGAUGUGAAGUCAGAAGUGGCCAUGCUUUAUCCAGAACUCUACAAGGACCUGCUCAAGGGUCGACCGCUCUCCUUUAAGACAUUUCUCAUAUGGGUCCUAAUAAGUAUUUAUCAAGGGAGCAUUAUAAUGUAUGUGUGUGUGUGUGUUUGUGUGUGUCUUGCAGGGAGCAUUAUAAUGUAUGGCGCGCUGCUGCUCUUCGAGUCGGAGUUCGUGCACAUCGUGGCCAUCUCGUUCACGGCGCUGAUCCUAACCGAGCUCCUGAUGGUGGCGCUGACCGUACAGACGUGGCACUGGCUCAUGAUCGUGGCCGAGCUGCUCAGCCUGGCCUGCUACAUCGCCUCACUCGUCUUCCUUCACGAGUUCAUUGACGUGUAUUUCAUCACGACGCUGUCGUUUGUGUGGAAGGUGACGGCCAUCACGCUGGUCAGCUGCCUGCCGCUCUACAUCCUCAAGUACCUGAGGCGUCGCUUCUCCCCCCCCAGCUACUCCAAGCUGACCACUUAGACCCGCACGGACCCCCCCAGAGCAACAGCUGCCCCUCUGCUCACCAACAACCACACACACCUGCAGGGGUUUCACCUGUCUCCAGAGUCACUGGUGUGUGUGUGUGUGUGUGUGUGUGUGUGUGUGUGUGUGUCUGUGUGUGUGUGUGUUUGAAAUUCCACUUAUCCACUUAUUCCUCACAGCCUUCUCAAAUAGACCUAUUUAGCAAAUUGAAGAAAAUUGUCCUCACAGAUACAUUGGUAAUUUGUUUAAGAAAGAUUGAGUUGAGUUUUUAGGUUCUUAUUUAUUUUUUAAUAUUAAUGAGGGUACUACUAAUGAUUUGCACAUUUGCACUGACAUCAGUGGUAAGAGUUCAAACACUGGGACAAAAACUAUCAUGCACCUAUAUACAUCCCUUUUGGAGAAUUAGAUGAGAGAGUGCGAGAGAGAGUGUGUGGCUGUUUGUGUGUGUGCAUGUGUGUGUGUGAGUGCAUGAGCAAUAGAGAGCAAGAGACUGAUUUCCCGGUCACUGAAUGGUCAGACAGUAGGAAAAAUGACCAGCCUUUGGCCACAAACUAUGGGCUAUUUCCACAUGAACACAGUCCAGUCCAGCAGUCACCCCAUCAACCUGGACAUCUGAAGGGGAUGGCGUCCUCAAUGCGUGGGUACGCAUCCCGUGUUUAUUUGGGUUUGUUGCGUCCUUACGAGCACGUGUGUGUGUGUGUGUGUGUGAGUGUGUGUGUGUGCGCGUAUUUGCGUAGGCGUCCAAUGACGUUUUGUCUUCUUUCACCCACUGUCAGCCCUCACACAUACACCUACUUGACUUGAAGGACAUGCAAACCUAUGUCAUUGUAAAGGUUACUGCUUACUCACACUGUAUUUCGGAUGGAGUUUCUGCUUGACCCCGGUGUUCAGGGAAGACUCAGCAUGUUUGAGUGUGUAAAUACUUGAAUGCCCUUGUGAUGUACAAUUAACAGUUCAUUGACCUUCUUUCUCAUAAUGUGGUUUUAUUAAUAACUAACAACUGUCAGGGAAAGCUAUGAUUUGUGUGUGUGUGUGUGUGUGUGUGUGUGUUUGUGCGUGUGGUGUGUUUGAAAACAGCGUGCCAACACUGCUCAGCCAACACUGGUCAUAUCUGUCCUCUAUUUUAGUGUGAUAGGGUGCAGUCAGUCACUUGACAUGCAACGCCUGCAUGAAAUUGCUGUUGCCAUGACACACUCAUGUGAAAGGAAGCUUGUGUAUCAACGGCCUAAUUCACCUUAAAGUAAACAUCAUGCAGGACAGUCCUCCGGGAUUGUCAUAAUAUUCAUCCGAGAUCUUUUCACUGUCCACUCUGCGUUGUGGCUGCUGGUUGUAGCAAACCCAGUAGGCUUUCUGACAGAGAGCUGCCUUUACCUGUGCAGUUGCUCCUCUCUCUUGGCCGUCCAGACCCUGUCCCCCUGUCUAAUCAGCUGAUUCUGGUUUUGCACGUGGUUAGGUCCGGUACUCUGAGGACCCGGGUCAAAGGUCACUCAGUUCUGACAGGAGGGUUUUAUUUAUUUCUGUUUUAUUGUGACAAGUUGCAGUGUUUGUCAGUGUAAUGUAAUGAUCUAGCAUUUGUGUUUACUUAAUGGUAAGUGUUCAAUGCUGAAUUGUAAAUAAUAACAAAGUACCUUUAAUUUAUUAACUUUUCUUACGUUGUGUUGGUAUUUGCACUCAAACUAGCAGAACAAAAGGGACAAUGUGUCAAUAUCAAUGCUGAAAGAAUUAAAAGGUGUGUUUUCUUA